AUGGGGUCCCAGCCGAAGGCCCCUGCAGCAACGCCCCCGAGCUCGUCUUCAGUGCCUGCGGAAGCGAUACAGGCCGAGGUGCAGCGACAAUUGGGUGGAUUGCUUAACAGAUUGCAGCAGGCUGAGGACAGGAAUAAGGACCUCCACGCUGAGCUCGAGCGAUAUCGACAACGGGAGACCGAGCAAGCCUGGAGUCCGUGGACACGAAAUGAGAAUCCCGCUGCUGCUGGCCCAACACAAGCCCCAGGACUGGUUGCUGAGAUUGGGGAGGGGCCCGGACUUCCAGAUCGCGAAGCAGCGUCCGUGCCAGCACCUCCUGACACAUGGUCAGGUGGUCAACAAACAGGCAUUUCUUCAAGACCAUAUGUCCAUGAAAGUGAGGCCCAGUCGUUUCCCCGCUUGAGUACAGCACCACUGCCUCCAGCCAGCACAGUAACACCGGGAUUGCUGGAAUCGAUCAUGGGAAGAGUAAGAUCUCCGAGUCCACCGCCUCCACCAAGAGCAGGUUCGGAUGCCGCUGUACUGAAUGCCUUGACUCAGGGGAUGAAGCAGCUACAAGACCUGCAGAUGCAAGCCAUGUCCAAGGCGACUUCGUCAAGCCAGCUGGUCGAGAUCGUAAAGCCUGGAACAACCAACCUGGCACCAAUACCCCAACUGAGAGGUGAUUCGCUGGCGACGGCUGCUUUGGAGUUUCAAGAUUGGCUGGAAGUAGCAGGGUCAGUCAUGUCGGACGUGAGUGAGAGCAGCGGACAAUGGUGGCAACUUGUCAUCAAGCAGGUGGAUGGCACAUACCACCGCUGGCUUGGCGCAACCCCUUUGGAGCGGCUACAGGUGUUUCCCGAGCAGUCUUUUGAGCUCUGUACUGGAAGAUGGGUCCGACUUAAUGCCCGAGUAACAUCGAUGAUGCUGGGAGCAAUGGACGAAAGUUUGCGAGCUGACAUGGUUUCUCAGAGACUGACUCAGGAUACAGUGAAGAUGUUGUUCCGACUGCAUACCCUGUUUCAACCUGGAGGCAGCGCCGAGCGCUAUGAGAUGCUCCGUCGGCUACAAACCCCCAGCGAAUUUCUUCAGGGUGGAGAUUCCUUGGCUGAGGCCCUCAAAGUGGUGCGAGCAUGGCCUCGGUGGCUUUCCAGAUGUCAGGCGGUCAAGAUGAGUCCCCCUGAUCCUUCGGUGCUGGCAAAAGGACUGGCUUCAGUUACAAGCAAGUACAUCCAAGGGUCUGAGGAUGCAUCGUUCCGAACUGCAAUGCUGCGAACCACCCUACGACUGGAUGGGCAACCGUCUCUGGACCAGGUCAUGGCUUACCAAAAACACCUACAAGCAGAGCUCGAGACUCUUGUGGCAACAACCUCAACGACACCAACACCAAAGGUGAGAGCUGCUGAUGCCCGGGCCUUGGACAAGACGGACAAGGCAAAGGAUAAGGAAAAGGGGGAGCUUUGUCGCUACUUCAUGAAAUCCACUGGCUGCAGACGGGGAAUGAAGUGCAACUAUGCUCAUUCCAUGGCGAGUUUGGAUAGGGAGACGAGGAGCAAGAAGUGUCUUCAGUGUGGGAGCGAAAGCCACCGACAGAAAGAGUGCCCAGUGGGCAAGGGUGGGUCGAAGGGAAAAUCAACCUCAUCCUCAGCCCACCUCGCCUACCAACAAGCCGACCUCGAGCACUUCUACCACCACGAAUGGACCUGUUGCAGCAUCAGUGGCCGUGGAAGAAGGAAGUGGGGCAGCAGUUCAAGGCGUGCCUUGGACCCUGGAGGGCAGCGACCUGAGGCAGCGGAAGGGGAUAAAAGCCCAGAGAAAACCUCAUCCCUUCGGGUUCUCAUCGUGAAGGACAUCCGAGUGUGCUCCUUGAGGACGACGACCGCACUGCUGGACUCAGGAGCAACCCACGCGUUGAGAAGCGCAACUUCAUGGGAGGAGUGGAGUCAGUCGGAGCCGGUGAUGGUUCAGCUGGCAGGAAGUCAUUCGCUUCAAAUGAAGAUGAAUCAGGCUGGUUCACUUCUCAUGCCACCCAAGACAAUCGGGGCCGAGGUGGAGGGACAAACAAUAGUUCCCCUGGGUGAAUUGGUGAAGACAUUGGGAUAUACACUUCAUUGGUCCCCAGACGAAUGCUUGCUCUUGGAUGAAAAUGGAGGACAGACGAGGCUCAAUGUGAGCAGUGGUUGCCCGGAAAUGUGUGAGGUCGAGGCCUUAACGCUGAUUGCUCGCUUGGAGGAGCGAAAGAGGGAGCGAUUGGAGAAUGAGACCUUGGAGACCCAGGACAGAAUCGCAGCAGUAGCAGCAGGCAUGGACAAGUCGUGGUUCGAGUACCUCAUGCACUACACCAACAAUGGCAACAGAGAAAUGGGGCUGAGGGCUUUGAGGGAUGCACCUUUCCUACAGGAUUUGCCGGGUGAGUGCUUGAAUGGUGUAGUCCCUUCCGCCUUACCCGAAUCAGGGUGGGAUGUCCUCAAGCCAAUCGAGUUUUUGACUCGUGCCCAGCGAAGAUCUCUGCUGAGGGCCAAGCGUUGGGUGGUCCACCUGUGUGCUGGCAAGGAGAGUCACCUCGAGUUCUUCAAGCUGGAUAGAGGAGACACCGCCGUCUUAGAACUGGAUGUAGAUCGAUGCAAAGGGCAAGACAUUCUCAGCGAAAGAGUAUGGCGGAUGCUGAUAUGGGGAGCUCGGGAAGGUCGAGUGGCCUUGAUCUUUGGGGGACCACCUGGCCGAACCGAUUUGGUGACAGCGUUAAACCACAGGCAGCCGCUGGCGCUAAAGAACUUGGCAGUGAUUGUUCGGAUGCUGUGGCUGCAUGUGGUUGCUACUUCUGGUCGACUCACGAGAGCCAAAGGGAACAAUAGGAGGAGGUCUGUCGGGUUUUUCUUGGAGCAUCCUGGGGAAACUACAAAAAGAGGGUCUCUGUGGAAGAUGCCGUUGUGGGAGUUGUUCCAGGAGGAGUCAGGUCAAUUCAGAGUCAGCUUUGACCAGCAGGGCAUGGGUGCAUCGUCGUCUUCGCCUACAACAAUAGGAACGAACAUCCCCUAUUUCCAGCCCUUCAGGAUGUUGGAGUGGAGGCUGAUCGAUCAGAAGGUGAAACAACGACUACCUCUCGAUGGUCCCCUGGGUUGGUGA